UUGCAUCAGAUUGACCGUAUAGGAUCCAACCUUUCCUUGUAAUGUUAGACUUAAGAACCCUACCAAAUCCACAGCUGUUAAUAAAACAUGGAUCCUAGUUUAAUUUGGUAAUAAAACCUUUUUCUUGUCUAGUUGGUCAAUGCUUAGUAAUUUAGACGCAAAGAGACAAUUAAAUCUUAAUCCUUCUCCCACAUUACUUGAUCUACAUUUCAAAUGCAACUCAAAUGGAAAUUUCGUGAGAGAUGAAUGAAUCUGCAGAAAUGUAUACUUUUCAUUAGCAGCCAUUCAUUUCUGAAUUUAAACUAAAGCCCAGAUCAACCAACACAGAUUUGUGAAGUGGGUUUUAUGUUGUAAUAAGCUGUUCAUUAGGAAACUGUUUUUGUUGGGUAAAGCUUGAAACUUUGUGGUUUCUUUUGAGGAAUUUGAGUGCAAUUUAAGAAAAGAUUGUAUCUUGGGAACUGGGUGGUUGUUUUUUGUUGCUAAUUCAUCUUAUACUGUGAGUUAUGCAGCAGGAUGACAGUCUUGAAGCUUCGGAUGGUGAAAUUGUGGAGAAAGAUGAAUCCAGAGGAGGGUGUCUCUGUAACUUUAUCUGUACUCCAUUUUAUUGGUUCAAAAUGCUUGCAAAUGAGACACAUUGGAGUUUAGUGUUCGGUGUGGUGGCUGUGUAUGGAAUUAGUCAAGGACUUGGUGGAGCUUUUAGUCGUGUGGGCACUGAUUAUUACAUGAAAGAUGUUCAGAAAGUGCAGCCUUCUGAAUCUCAGAUUUAUCAAGGGAUCAUUUCAAUUCCUUGGCUUGUUAAGCCUAUCUGGGGCCUUCUCACUGAUGUUCUUCCUGUCCUCGGCUACCGUAGGCGGCCUUAUUUCAUUUUUGCUGGAUUGCUUGGUGUGGUCUCCAUGCUAUUGCUGUCAUUACAUAAGAAUCUGCAUCUUGUAUUUGCUCUAUUGUCAUUGACAGCUGGAAGUGCCGGUGUAGCCAUAGCAGAUGUGACAAUAGAUGCUUGUGUUGCACAGAAUAGUAAUACUCAUCCUUUGCUUGCGCCUGAUAUGCAAAGCUUAUGUACUUUAAGUUCCUCAAUUGGAGCUCUUUUGGGGUACUCUAUCAGUGGCGUUUUUGUCCACCUGAUCGGCUCUAAGGGUGUGUUUGGUUUGCUGACAAUCCCAGCUGGACUUGUCUUUUUAGUAGGGAGCAUGGUCGACGAGCCUGUUAUGCUUAAUUUUGACUACAGACAGGUAAACCAGAAGUUUGUUGAUGCUGGCAAGACCAUGUGGUCAACAUUAAAAUUCCCUGAUGUGUGGAGACCAUGUUUAUACAUGUACUUAUCCUUUGCUUUGAGUGUAAAUAUUCAUGAAGGGAUGUUCUACUGGUAUACAGAUUCGAAAGGGGGUCCGUCUUUCUCCCAGGAGAUGGUUGGUUUCAUAUUUUCAGUUGGUUCAGUCGGAUCUCUCUUAGCAGCGAUAAUAUACCAAAAUGUACUGAAAGAUUACCCUUUUCGAGAUGUGCUAUUCUGGAGUCAAUUGUUGUUAGGGUUGUCUGGAAUGUUAGAUUUGAUAGUGGUGCUGCGGCUGAACUUGAAAAUGGGGAUACCAGAUUACGUCCUGAUUGUGAUCGACGAGUGUGUGUUUCGUAUGGUCGUAAACCUCAAGUGGAUGCCACUUCUCGUGCUGAGUUCGAGGCUGUGUCCGCCUGGUAUAGAAGGCACGUUCUUUGCUCUACUCAUGUCAAUUGACAAUCUUGGACUUCUUACAUCUUCAUGGGGAGGAGGAAUUUUACUCCAUUUAUUGAACGUGACUCGGACGAAAUUUGAUAAUCUGUGGUUGGCAAUAAUAAUCAGAAGCAUAUUGAGAAUAACUCCACUCUGUCUGAUAUUUUUGGUUCCGAGAGGUGAUCCUAAAGCUUCGUUACUUCCGAGUGAAAUCAGAAACGAAGAUCCUGAGGAUGAGAAUAUUGAAUUGGUAUCGCUUGUACACAGUGUUAAUAGUAAAUAGCUUCAUCUUCAUUCAGAUUGUUAACAUUAGAUUCCAUGGCGAUACUCAUAUACAGCUUUUAACAACUUACUGAUACUACAUUUAUUGUUGAGUUGAUAGUUGAAAUUAGAUGAGCAAUGUUUUUGGAUAAAGGAUAUUUGAUUUUAGCAUACAUGAGGUCAUAUUUUUUACUAUUUCUAGACUACCAAUUCUUGUAAACUUGGAAUGGAAGAUAUUGUAAUGAAGAAACAACACAAAGUUCAUUCA